AUGUUAUUUCAAGAUGAGGAAGAUCUUGACUUAUCUUCAUCACCGAUGUCAAUUGGUUUGAGUUCGAAACUUCGUUCAUUUCUAUCUGCUCGUCAUUGUUGUGAUUGUCGUUUGGUUUAUACAUGCAAUGGCUUAUCAUCCUCUGUCCUGUGUCAUCGUCUUGUCUUGAGCGCAUCAUCAAUCUAUUUUCGUUUAUUUUUCAAAUACAAUCAACCUGAGUCAACCUAUGAUUCUAGUCAACAAUGUUAUUUGAAUGAAUAUCAUUGCACAUUUAAUUUCACAGAAAAAACUCUAUUAACAUGCAUCGAUCUAUUAUAUUCUGAUGAAAAUCUACAACAAAGUCCACAGCAACUAUUGUUUUACGACGAUCUAUUAAAUGGUAUGAUGUUUCUCGGUUUACCAGACGAAUACUUCGUUAAGAUUUUAACUUUAUUACGCACCAAGUUACUAUCUCUUACAGGUGAUGUGGAAAAACGUCACCUAAUCUCCUGUGUCGCUAAGUCACAGUUGAAUGAAAAAUUUAAAAAAGCAUUUCUCGCACGCUCUCUAUGCUUAAUAGAAGAUCCAACAGAUUUAACCUAUGGAAUCAAACACAUAUAUAUUGAUGAUCGCUCAUAUUAUGAUCCAAAUCGGCAUACAAUUAUAUUGAAUGGUCGAAAGGAUAACAAACUAGCUUACAAAGGUUUGAUAUUUCAAGCUAACGCACAAUUCUCAACUGAUUGUGCUUCGUUUUGGUUCACUUGCCAACGUGCUUUUCGGUCAUUCAAUACGAUACGCGCUCGACAAGCAACACUCUAUGUAUACGAUGGUAUUAGUCAAACAAUUGUUGAACGUAUCCCAAAUCCAGAUUGUAAACAAAUGGGUUAUCAACUACGAUUGCCACGUGGAAAAUUGGUCUUGAGCAAUUUCAUUAUGAAUUGCUAUCAAGUAGUCAUUAAACAAUCUUUUCCAUUGAAUGAACAUGUUGCAUUUAAUUUUGUUAUUGAAUUAAUGAGAGAUUGA